AUGCAGUUACUUACACCGAGAGCCCCAGGUCCUGUCUCUUCGCAGGAAGAGGAAGAAGAUUUAUCUGCUGUUACGAUACCCAAUACCCAGUCCUCAACGCUUACAGAGCACCCCCAGGGUGACAGACGGAGGUGGAAGCGAUUUCCUGUCCUUGGUAAGGGGAUAUAUCUGGAUCUGAAAGACAGGCUGCCUUACUACAUCUCGGACUGGACCGAUUCAUGGGACUACAGAGUCAUCCCAUCGCUGGUGGAGACGUACUUCAACAACUUGCUCCCUGCUAUUGCAUUUGCACAGGACAUGUUUGACAGAACGGACAACUCCUACGGUGUCAACGAGAUCUUAUUGUCGAGUGCCAUGGGGGGUGUUGUGUUUGGUGCUCUCUCCGGGCAACCGCUCUGCAUCGUAGGUGUUACGGGUCCCAUCGCCAUUUUCCAUUAUACCGUCUAUGAAAUCAUCAAACCUUUAAACACAAACUAUUUCGGUUUCAUGUUCUGGAUCGACAUGUGGGCUAUGAUCUUCCACCUCCUCAUGGCAUUCACUAACUCGGUGGCACUGUUACAGUUCGUGACGACUUUCCCCUGCGAUAUCUUCGGCAUGUUUAUCAACGUCGUGUACAUAGAAAAGGGUAUUCAGAUAUUGGGUAGACAGUUUCAUAACAGCUCAUCUGAUAUCCCAGAUACCCAAGAGAAUAUAUCCAGUGGCUUUGCAAGCGUCGUCGUCGCGCUACUGAUGAUGAUAUUCGGAAUCACCUUUAAACAAUUCCACCGGUUCCCCCUUUUUACCCACCGCAUAAGAACGCUUAUAGCAGACUACUCUAUCGCUUUAUCUGUUGUGUUUUGGUCCGGGUUUAUCCAUUUUGGUGGGUACUUGAACGACGUAAAAUUUGAGAAACUACCAAUCUCUAAAGCAUAUUUCCCCAGCACGGAGAUCGGGAGGGAUGCUACGACAUGGUUGGCGUAUACUAAGAUCUCUACGAGGGACGUUUUCAUUGCAUUGCCCUUCGGGCUGAUUCUAACAAUUUUGUUUUAUUUUGACCAUAACGUCUCGUCCUUAAUGGCGCAGAGGUCUCAAUACAAACUGAAAAAACCUUCUUCAUUUCAUUACGAUUUUGCAUUAUUGGGGCUCACCACCUGUGUCGCUGGUGUUUUGGGGAUUCCUCCCCCCAAUGGACUAAUUCCACAGGCCCCUUUGCAUACAGAGUCGCUCCUUGUUCUGGACUCUAACAUGGAGGUCGUCAGAUGUGUAGAACAACGUUUUACAAACACCGUGCAGGGACUGAUGAUGCUAGGAACCAUGACAAGACCGUUGUUGGUGUGUCUUUCUCAGAUUCCACAGGCGGUCUUGUCUGGCCUGUUCUUCGUCAUGGGCAUCCAGGGACUAAUGGACAACGUGAUCGUUUCCCGGAUCAUUUAUAUUUUCACGGACAGUAAGAUCAAAGAUACGGAAAUCCCACAGAACGCUCUUCAAAGAAUGUCCAAAAAAUCGUUGUUUCUAUUUGUUACGUUUGGUACUCUUGGGGCGGCCGCAGAAGUUGGUAUCACUAAUACAAUUGCGGCAAUUGGUUUUCCGUUGAUCUUGCUACUUACCGUUAUUGUAUGUUUUUGGUUUCCCAAGAUAUUCACAGAAGAGGAGCUAGAAAUACUUGACCCACCUGUUGCCCAAACAUUUACAAUCAAAAAUUUACUGAUCGAAAAUCUAUGCGGUAAGAGUGAUGCUUGUUAUCAGGAGGACGAAGAGGUGCAGCUUUCUACUUUUGUUAGUGUCAGAACUUCCACAUUCGAUAACUCCGUAGAUGUCUCUCAAUUAGAAACAGCCGCUUUGUCAUCAAAGGAAACAGCUAUUGUGUCGAUAAACGCUAAGACCUCUAAUGAUAGGCCAUCUUCUGUUGCAGAUAAUAGCAUUUAA